GGAUAAAACGUGGACACCAUCCGCCAAUCAAAACGCAUUGAAAUCCCUUCUCCUGGCCCUCAAUUUCUCUCUAUUUCAUCGCCUACCAUAUUUCAACGACACAAGCCCCAGCCAGCCAUCCUUCUCUGAAGCUUGUCUCCUCUAGAAUUAGGGUGCGUGGAAGAUUGUUCGAAGGAUUUGAGUUUGUUGUUGUUGCGCAUCAAUGGCGGUAUCGAGUGCUUUUGCAGGUGCAAAACUCGAAACUCUCUUCCUCAGCAAUGCGACUGCUACUCCCGCUUCAUCUCCGCCAACUUCUCAUUAUCAAAUUGGGGUUUCGUGUAAAUCUCGAAGAACCCUAAUUCAAAGAGGAAUUGUUAGGUGUGAAUCACAUUCUACUGCUUCUUCAGAUGUUGUCGUUGAGAAUUCAUCUGGAAAUGCUUCGAGUAUCUCUGCUCUUGAACAGCUCAAAACCUCGGCAGCUGACAGGUAUACAAAAGAAAAGAGUAGCAUUAUAGUUAUUGGGCUUAGUAUCCAUACUUGUCCUGUAGAAAUGAGGGAAAAACUUGCAAUUCCUGAAGCAGAGUGGCCAAGAGCAAUCAAAGAGCUAUGUGCUUUGAACCAUAUAGAAGAAGCUGCUGUUCUGUCUACAUGUAAUCGCAUGGAGAUUUAUGUUGUAGCUUUGUCUCAGCAUCGAGGAGUAAAAGAAGUGACUGAAUGGAUGUCAAAGACUGGUGGAAUCCCAGUUUCUGAGAUUUCCGAUCACCGUUUUCUGCUAUACAACAGUGACGCAACCCGCCACAUCUUCCAAGUGUCCGCCGGACUCGAAUCAUUGGUGCUCGGAGAGGGCCAAAUCCUCGCUCAGGUGAAACAAGUCGCUAAAGUUAGCCAAGGAGUCGCAGGGUUUGGAAGGAACAUUAGCGGUUUAUUCAAGCAUGCCAUCAUGGUCGGGAAACGUGUUCGAACUGAAACCAAAAUCGCCGAAGGAGCAGUUUCCGUCAGCUCAGCCGCCGUGGAGUUAGCCCUAAUGAAACUUCCCAAUUCCGCCCAUUCCAUCGCUAGAGUUUUACUCAUCGGAGCUGGAAAAAUGGGAAAACUAGUCAUCAAGCAUUUGAUGUCAAAAGGAUGCACGAAAAUAGUGGUUGUGAAUCGGUCCGUCGAACGAGUCGACUUGCUCCGAGACGAGUUCAAAGACAUCGAAAUCGUUUACAAACCGCUCGACGAAAUGAUGAGUUCUGCCGCCGAAGCCGACGUGAUUUUCACCAGCACGGCGUCGGAAACCCCUUUGUUUUUGAAGGAACAUGUUAUCGAUCUUCCUCCGGUGAGCGAAUCCGUCGGUGGAAACCGUCUCUUCAUCGAUAUCUCCGUCCCAAGGAACGUCGGUUCUUGCGUUAAAGAUCUGGAAGGUACAAAAGCGUACAACGUCGACGAUCUGAAGGAAGUCGUCGCCGCUAACCGUGAAGACCGGCUCCGGAAAGCGAGGGAAGCGGAGAUGAUUAUCGAUGAAGAAUUGAAGUUAUUUGAAGCGUGGAGAGAUUCUCUGGAAACAGUUCCGACGAUUCGGAAACUUAGGGCUUACGCUGAACAGAUCAGAACUAGUGAUUUGGAGAAAUGUUUGGAGAAAAUGGGGGACAAUGUGAACAACAAUACGAGAAAAGCUGUUGAGGUUUUGAGUCGUGGGAUUGUGAACAAGCUUCUUCAUGGGCCAUUGCAGCAUCUAAGAUACGACGGAAGUGAUGAUCGGACUUUGGAUGAGACGCUUGAGAAUAUGCAUGCUUUGAACAGAAUGUUUAAUUUGGAGACGGAGAUGUCUGUUUUGGAAGAGAAGAUUCGAGCCAAAGUUGAAAAACAAAAGGGUCCAGGUCUUAGAAUCCAUUGUGUCGUAUACGGACGACGUUUGCAAUGA